AUGACAUAUUUAAAAAUUUAUUUUCCAAAUGGGUCCUUUCAUACUUUACGAUAUACAUCAUUGACAACUAUUGCGGAUUUAAUUCGAAUAGUAUUAAAAGGUCGUCUUGCACCUUAUGAUUUAGUUUAUUCCUUAUCAUUUGCUCUUCGCGUAACAUAUAUUGGACAAGAACAACAAACAGUUUUGUCGUCAAUAAAUAAAAAUAAUAUUGUGAAUAAAUGGCUUCAUCCAAAUAUGACUAUGGAAAAGGUACAAAUGUUUUAUGGAAUUGCUGAUGAAUUAAAAUUUGAACUUCGUCUUCGAUAUUUUCCACCGUCGAUUGAUGAAUUAGUACAUGAUAAAUCUACAUUUGGAUUUUUGUAUGAACAACUUCGUAUUGAUUAUAUGCGUAUGAAAUCAGAUCAUGUAUCAAUAAAUGAAGCCAUUGAAUUAGGUUCACUUGAAAUACGUAAACUUUUUAAAGAUCUCAAUUCAACAGCAUUAGAUAAAAAAGUUAAUAUGGAUUAUCUUGAAAAAGAAUUUGGCUUAAAAACAUUUUUUUCACAAUCACUUAUUGAUUCAUAUAAACCUCGAAAUCUUCGAAAAUAUAUUAAAGCAUGUUUAAAAAAAUAUGAAAGUUUAGCUGAAGAAGAAUGUGCUAAACGAUUUUGUUUGUUAUUCAAAAAUGUUUGGAAUUGGGAACAAGAAAUAUUUACAUGUAAUCUUGGAUCUGAAUGGUCAGUACCAAUCAGCUUGGUUCUUGGUCCAUCAGAGGGUAUCAGUUAUCGAACACAAAAUUCUACUGAAUUAACUAAAAUGACUACAUUUGAAAAUGUUUUAUCAAUAUCAACAACAAAAGUUAAUUCAGAUGAUCGUGGUCUUCUCAAAUUAAUCGUUGCUGGAUCAUCCGAGACUUUAACACUAAGUUGUCCAUCUUUUUCUGAAACUAAUGAUUUAGCUAUUCUUAUCGAUGGUUAUUGUAUGUUUGUCAACAGAAGUAUACAUUCUCUUUGGCGAUCAAUUAUUGAAGAACAAAAUUCGCUAAUGUCAAAAGCAUCAUCACCAUUGAGUUAUUCAGCUUCAUAUUCUUCAGAUUUUAUGUAUAGUCGUCAUCAAACUGAUGAUGAUGACGAUGAUGAUGAUUCGAGUGGAGAUUACGCUGAUGUAUUAUCUUCUCAUUAUCAGAUUGAUCGUAAACAAAUUCAAAUGAUUGAAUUACUUGGUGAUGGUCAAUUUGGUGAAGUUUAUCGAGGAAUACUUAAAACUGAUCAACAAUCAGAAAUUGAUGUUGCAAUAAAAACAUGUAAGAUGCAAGAUGCAACAACAACAGAAACAUUUUUAGAUGAAGCAUAUGUUAUGCAAAACUUUACUCAUCCACAUAUUAUUAAAUUAAUUGGAGUGUGUACUGAACAACCUGUUUUACUUAUUAUUGAAUUAGCACGAUUAGGCGAGUUACGUACUUAUUUAGUUGCUAAUCGAAAUGAUUUUGAUUUACUAAUAUUGAUACUUUAUUGUGUACAAUUGGCUUCAGCAUUAGCUUAUCUUGAAUCAAAAAAAUUUGUUCAUCGUGACAUUGCUGCAAGAAAUGUUCUUGUAUCAAAUCAUGAAUUAGUAAAAUUAGCUGAUUUUGGUCUUUCAAGACAAUUAACACUUGAUAAUUCAUAUUAUAAAGCAUCAAAAGGUAAAUUACCAAUAAAAUGGAUGGCACCAGAAUCAAUAAAUUUUCGUCGUUUUACUCAUUUAUCUGAUGUAUGGAUGUUUGCUGUUUGCGUGUGGGAAAUUUUAACAAUGGGUAAAAAACCAUUUCAAGGUAUUCCUAAUGCAGAUGUUAUUGAUCAAAUUGAAAACGGCCUACGAUUAUCAUUACCUAGUACUAAUUGUCCGAAAUCUUUAUAUGAUUUAAUGCAAGAUUGUUGGUCAUAUGAACCAACAAAUCGACCAAAUUUUGUUCAAAUUGAAACACGUUUAAAAUCGAUUUUAAAUCAAGUCAAAAAAAGUAUUCAUGUAAAAGCUGAAAAUAUUUCUUUAUCAUCGUCAUCAUCAUCAUCAUCAGAAAUAACAUCAUUGACAAUAGUAUUACCAGCAGAUAAUAAGAUACCAUCUAAACCAAGUUUACCUAAUAAAAAUGGAUCUGUUGGUAGUCGAUCAAAAAGUUAG